UUCUCCGGGGAAACUUGAAGUAAGUUCCUUUGUGGGGCAGCGGGGAGCCUCAGCAUUGGCUGUCAGGCGGUACCGGGCUCCCCUCCGUCCCGCCCCCAGGCUCAGGCCGGGCUGGCCAACGUGGCGGAGGAAGAGCGCAGGCCCCAGCUCUGGGGGAAAGUUUGUCAGCCACAGCAGAUUUGAUCAGGACCUGCAGAGCCCAGAGCUCAGCCGGCCCGCCCGCCCCCCGCCCCCCCCCGCCCCCAGCCAGCUACUCCCUAGCUAUGGGCCUUCGCCCGGCUGUCCUCCCACUCUGUGCCUCUGUGUGUCUGCUGGGGGGCCUGACCUUUGGCUAUGAGCUGGCCGUCAUAUCCGGGGCCCUCCUCCCACUCCAGCUGGACUUCGGGCUGAGUUGCCUGGACCAGGAGCUGCUGGUGGGCAGUCUGCUCAUGGGCGCUUUCCUUGCCUCCCUUGUCGGGGGCUUCCUCAUUGACUGCUACGGCAGGAGACGAGCCAUCCUGGGAAGCAAUGUGGUGCUGCUAGCUGGCAGCCUGAUUCUGGUUCUGGCCGGCUCCCUGCCCUGGCUGCUCCUGGGCCGCUCCUCUGUUGGCUUCGCCAUCUCUCUGUCGUCCAUGGCUUGCUGCAUCUACGUGUCAGAGUUGGUGGGGCCGCGGCAGCGGGGUGUGCUGGUGUCCCUCUACGAGGUGGGCAUCACUGUGGGCAUCCUGGUCUCUUACGGCCUCAACUAUGCCCUGGCUGGCAGCCCUUGGGGCUGGAGGCAUAUGUUUGGCUGGGCGACAGCUCCAGCUCUCCUACAGUCUCUCAGCCUCUUCCUUCUCCCUGCUGGGGCAGAGGGCACAGCAGCCCGCCAAGACCUCAUCCCACUCCAGGGAGGGGAGGCCAGCAAACUGGGCCCAGUGAAGCCACGGUACACCUUUCUGGACCUCUUCAGGGCCCAGGACGGCAUGUGGAGUCGGACUGUAGUGGGGCUGGGGCUGGUGCUGUUCCAGCAGCUAACAGGACAGCCCAAUGUGCUAUAUUACGCCUCUACCAUCUUCCGCUCCGUGGGCUUCCGUGGGGGCUCCUCAGCUGUGCUGGCUUCUGUGGGACUUGGAACUGUGAAGGUGGCUGCCACCCUGAUCGCCACGGGGCUGGUGGACCGUGUAGGCCGCAGAGCCCUUCUGCUCUCUGGGUGUGCUCUCAUGGCCUUGUCCGUCAGUGGCAUAGGCCUCGUCAGCUUUGCUGUGUCCCUGGACUCUGGCCCCAGCUGCCUGGCCACAUCCAAUGCCAGCCAGCAGGUGGACCUGCCUCGAACCCCAGACCUGCCUGUGAACUCAUCACCACCACCAGUGCUACACACCAGUGGGGACCAAGGACAACCAGUCCUGCCAGUCACCAAGCGACCCAUCCAUCCCGUCAUCGCAGCAUCCCUGGGACCAGCUCGGGAUACCGCCUCCUCAGUUGCUACCAGUCCCGUCCUGGUGCAUACCCUGCUGUGCUGGUCUGCACUGGUUUGCAUGAUGGUCUAUGUGAGUGCCUUCUCCUUUGGAUUCGGACCAGUGACCUGGCUGGUCCUCAGCGAGAUCUACCCUGUGGAGAUCCGAGGGAGAGCCUUCGCUCUUUGCAGCAGCUUCAACUGGGCAGCUAACCUCUUCAUCAGCCUCUCCUUCCUCGACCUCAUCGGUGCCAUCGGCCUGGCCUGGACCUUCCUGCUCUAUGGGCUGACCGCUGUCCUUGGCCUGGCGUUCAUCUACUUACUUGUUCCUGAAACAAAAGGACAGUCGUUAGCUGAGAUAGAACAGCAGUUUCAGACGAGCAGCAGGUUCCCUCUGAGCUUUGGCCGCAGGCAGCACAGUGUUCAGUACCACCGUCUGGGUGUCUCCUCAGCCUCCUGAGGGGUCCGUCGGCUUGGAAGAUGCUGGGACAUUGGUUUCUGCAGCCCACCUCCAGCUCCCUGUGUUCCGGGGCCUGGAACUCGUGAUCUAGAUUUUCUUGUGUGGUGAGCCCUGCUCCAGAGGCUUCCUCUUAUCAAGGUGAGAGUUGACAACCAAACUCUUCAGUUUGAGUAUGAGACUCCAAGGACUGUGGGAGAUCUAGCUCCAUGACUCAGUUUCCCCAUGGAGUUGGCUUGUCUACCAUGUUUAUAAUGGCAUCUUCUGUGGUGUGUUGUCCAAGUGCUUCUCAGAGGACCUGGGAAGGAAGUGUCUCCUACCACCAGCCCCGGGCCAGCAGAGGCUGAGUCUCCGCCUUCCUUGUCCCCUUGCUGGGGCCUUAGUGAACCAGGGUCUGUCUUAUUCAUUGCCCCCUCUUCUUGCUGAAGAUAUUUAUCAGGUGCUGGGCCUCUGACUGGGGGCAGCAGGCUGUAACUAAAUUGGCUUUAUGACCCUGGCCUCAGUUUCCCCAUGUGUCUCACAGAAGCUGGACUAGGCUUCUCCUAGAAUCUCUUUUCACUCCACAAGGACAGACGUCUCAGAGCAGGAACACAGGUAACAAGCACUCACCGAGGACCCCCCAUCUGGUCGCUCUGGGGACAGAAGCUUUGUUAGCAGAGAAUGCACCUCAGUUCUAGAGUCCUAGCACUCUGGAAUGUAAGAGCUAGACCCCACCAUGUGACAAGUGCUAGGAACCCAACUGUUCCCAGGGUUCAGCAGGGGGCUUUGAAUGAAGAAAGGGUUUGGAGGGACUCAUCCAUAUGCUGGUGGUUGUGGCUUCUACUUUGGGUGCUACUGACUUCCUAUAGCCUUAGUUUAUUCAUCUGCAGAAUGGGCACAGUUAAUAUCCCUCAGGAGAUAUUGACUUACUCCAUCUCUCUCAGGAGAGUCUUCAGUGAGCCCUGAGGGGCUUCUGCACACCUUGUUACACAGGGCUUUUCUUUGAGGCAAUUGUAAAGGAUCAGUCAGCAGGAGACAAGCAAGUGGCUCUCGUCAGAGGUCAUAUAAGGAGGACAUUAAUAAGAUAGUUUGUUCCUGGACACUGGGUAGCUGGCCUCACCGCACUGUCAGCCACACCCUCCUGGUUCCCAAGCCUGGCCUGGUGACCUUGCUCUCUUUUUCUAGAUAUUUCAUUCAUAACUAGUGGCAUGCUGGUUUAAGCUUGUUCUGGCUCCCCAGAGCCCACUGCCACCCAGCCAGGGUUUCUACAGACUGGUUGCUAAGCACUGUCAUCAUUUAAAAAAGUGUUUUAAUUGAUAACAAACAAUCAAUGUCAUUAUAACAGUCACUACUCAAACAUCAUCACCUCCUACGUGGGUGGUGCAUACCUGUAACUCCAGCACUCAGGAGGCUAAAGAGUGUUCUAAAUCAGUCUGGCUUCCAACUGAAACCUUGUCCAACCAAAUCAAUAGGUGAAUAAAAAAAGACAAACCCACAUCACCACCUUCUAAUGUCUCUGCUGCACAUCUCCCUCCUCUGUGCUGCGGGAUGUCCUCAUGUGUGUCUGAUGGUGACACAGGCAGAUGCUGUGCAUUUUCCUGCUUCAGCACUCAGUGUCUUUGCAUUCCAGAGGUUGGGGAACACUGAAGACCAGGGCUUGGUUUAUUGUUUGGUUGAUUUUUCUCUGGAGUUGUGAACUGCUGAGUCAAGUGUUAAUUAUAUAAAUCAAGCUCAAAAGUGCCUCCCAGGUGUACCUGGUAACAUCGUAGAAAAUGGGGUGUCUGUGAAAAAAUCCCUUCACCGAUCGGUUCAGCAGACCCUUGCUCUUGGCCUCGAUGGAGGAAGGGGCUCUGACACGCAUCUUACAUUCCGGAAUGUGUGUCUGUCGCCUAGCCCCGACUGCAUACUGACUGCCUGUGGAAUGUUCUUCAGAUGCAAUGUUUUUUCAUGCAAAGAUGUGUAAUUUAAAAGUGUAUUUUGAAAUACAUUAUU